UUUAGGGGUUUAGGGUUCCUGGGCAGCGAUGGCGGGCGCGCCCGAGGUGGAAUUGCCCGAUUCUUGCGAUGAAUCCGUGGAUGCCGAUCUGGACGAUGAGGAAUGGGAGGAGGAAGAGGAUCUCGCGGGUGCAUUGGACUGGCUCGACGUCCACGAAGGCGCUAGAGGUGGAGCUGUUGAUUCUUCGUUCCAUUAUCGACCAAAUGCGAAUGGAGGUGUCGAGAAUGCUCUCCAGAGGAAUGCGCUCCAGCCGCGAAACAAUCAAAAUCAAAGGUUUUUGUCACACAUACGCGCCGGACCUUUGCAUGAAUGGGAAGGUCAGACCAAUGCAGUCAUGUCAAAUUCUGUCACGACAAUGGUACGCGAUAAUGUGCGCAAGCAAGCUGAAGGUCGAGUUCGCGUUCACGAAAAGUCUGAUAGAGCUACUGUGGAACAAGUUUUGGACCCUCGAACUCGAAUGGUGCUUUUCAAAAUGUUAAAUCGGGGAGUCUUUCAUGAUAUCAAUGGCUGCAUUUCCACCGGAAAAGAGGCUAACGUGUAUCAUGCCACUACAGAGAGUGGAGAAGAACUGGCUGUAAAGGUUUAUAAAACUUCGAUCCUUGUCUUCAAAGAUCGGGAUAAGUAUGUGCAAGGAGACUUUCGGUUCAGGCAUGGUUAUUCUAAGCAUAAUCCACGAAAAAUGGUCAAGACGUGGGCGGAGAAAGAAAUGCGAAAUCUCUUGAGGCUCAAAGCUUCUGGAAUUCGAGCACCAUCUCCUCUUGUCCUGCGACUCCAUGUUCUAGUCAUGGAUUUCAUAGGAAGGGAUGGCUGGGCAGCCCCACGUCUAAAAGAUGCAGCGCUCUCGGAUACGAAGUACCGUGAAUCUUAUCUGGAGAUUGUACAAAUAAUGCGUACCAUGUACCAAAGGUGUCGGUUAGUUCACGGUGAUCUUAGUGAAUACAACGUGCUAUAUCACGAGGGCCAUCUUUAUAUUAUUGAUGUCUCUCAAUCAGUGGACCUCGAUCAUCCCCGAGCCUUGGACUUCCUCAGGCAAGAUUGCGUCCAUGUCAACGAUUUUUUCAAGAAAGGAGGUGUAGCCGUCAUGACCGUGAGGGAGCUGUUUGAUUUCAUAGUGGACCCGUCAAUAAACGACGACCAAGUGGAAACUUAUCUUCAUGAAAUCCAAAAGCGAAUCGAGGAAAGGAUUUCCUCCACUGCGGACGACGUUGCGGAUGCCGUCUUCGUUCAAGCGUUUAUCCCUCGGACUCUAGAUCAAGUCCAGGAUUACGAAAGAGAUAUCCAGCGCAUAGCGACGGGUAACGACACAGAGGGGAUUUACUACCAGACAAUCACGGGACUCAAAGAAGAUCUGUCCGGAGUUCGCAAAGUUCCAUCUUUACUUGAAAAACAAGAGAAGCAACCGGCGACAAGAGAGGCAGAGACUGAGCAGCUAGUACUCUCGGAAGCAGCCUCCUCAAGCAGUGAUAGCAGCGACCAAGAAGAAGACUCCGAGGAAGAAGACGCAAAUAAGGAGAGCCGGGAGGAGCGGAGAUCAGCCAGGAAAGAGCACAAGAAGAAAGUGAAGGAAGAACAGCGAGAAGCCCGCAAAACUAAGACGCCAAAAGCCGUGAAAAAGAGAAAGAAAAAGGUGGCACAAGAUAAGAAGCGCAAGCAUUAAAAUGCUCGUUCAUCUUUGUACUUCUAGCCAGAAAUUUGGGUGCAAACAAAGAUGCCGCGGCAUUUGCCCUACCCGCGGCCGCAUCCGGAGCUCCCAGUGAAGCUGCGCCGAUGUGUCAGGCCAUGGCUUGCCCACAAGAAGAUUUACUACGCUACACCGGCCAACCCGCCUCCCGCCCCUCGCUCUCGCUCCACUCACCCCACCUCGGUGUUUCUCCUCUGGACCACUCUCGCCGCCAACCAAUUGCAGCCGCAGCAGCGGCGGCGGGGAGACAGGGCUGAGGAGGCCCUUGACAGCAGCACAGAUCGGGCUUAUCGGUACCCGUACGAGCUGCACAGGAAUUGCAUCUUACAGCGCCCGCGCAAUCCAUCAGCCCGGCAGCUCGAGGAGGAGCUACAGGAAGAGAGCAUGCCCCUGCAGCACCGCUUCUCCAACCUUAUGUCCUUGCUCAAAGCAAAGUAGCCCGACUUUUUAGAGGGAAAUUUUAAGUUUAAUAGCGAGCGGUGGUGGGUUGAAUUUGCAAAAGUUUAUAAUCUAGAUUGCACUAGCUCAACCUAUGCACAAUUGAGCAUUAGUAGUAUUAUUCCUAUUUAGUAUUAUUUCUUUAUUCAAUUCAUCAAUGUGUGAUUCA